AUGUUGGCUUUGUUGGUCUGGACCACCAUGCAAGCUGUGAGCAAGAGGAAGCUGCAGCCCACUCAGGCCGCCCUUACCCUGACAACUUCGGCUGUAAACAAAAUAAAAGAUCUUCUUAAAGACAAGGGUUCUACCUUGGAGGUAGGUGUGAAAGUUGGUGUGUGAACCAGAGGUUGUAAUGGCCUUUCUUAGAGGAACACAAAAGGAGAUUCUGAUGAAGUUAUUCAAUAUGGAGUCAGUGUGUUCAUCGAAAAGAAAGCACAGCUAACACUCUUAGGAGUAGAAAUGGACUAUGUUGAAGAAAAAUUAUCCAGUGAGUUUGUCUUCAAUAACCCAAACAUCAAAGGAAUGUGUGGCUGUGGCGAAAGCUUUAACAUUUGA